GAGCGGAGGUCGCCAGCAUUUAACCUCCAAAUCAGCACCUUCCCGGAGAACAACAGCAGCGCGCUCCAGCUGUUCUGUCACCAGGAAGGAGUUAAGGAUGUGAAUGUUUCUGAACUUAUGAAGAAGCUAGACAUCCUUGGCGAUAACGGGAAUUUGAGAAACGAAGAACAGGUUGCAAUAAUUCAAGCUGGAACAGUGCUUGCCCUGUGCGAAAAGAGGGACCGGGGAGGCCAGAGGAGGAAUCAGAGGGAGCUGCCGUGGGGCCGUCUGGGCUGGAGGGAGACGUUGCAGAGAGCAGAGGGAGCCCAAGGGCAGUGGCUGAAGCAGAUAGAGGGCACUGAGGCGGCCCUGACUCAGAAGAUGCUGGAUCUAGAGAAGGAAAAGGACCUAUUCAGCAGGCAGAAGGGCUACCUGGAGGAGGAGCUGGACUACAGGAAGGAAGCCCUCGACCAGGCGCACCUGGGCUGACACCAUGUUUGGGGGCCCUGCAAGUGCCACGUGGCCGCCAUCAGAAUGCCCUGUUCGUGUCCUGACUGGAGCGACUGUACAGAGAAAUGGUUGCUCUUCUCCAAACCAAUCAUGAUUUUCAAAAAUUGUUA